AUGGGAAAGGCAAGCAGGUGGAUGAUAAACUUCUUGCUAGGAAAAAAGGAGGAGAAAACAAAGAAGAACGACAUCUCCUUCCAUGCAGAGAAGGAGACAACACCAACUGCAACUCCAGCUUAUAAGAGGAGAUGGAGCUUUGGCAAAUCUGCAAAGAAAGAGAGAGUUUACAGGGGUCGUAGAUCUCUUGACUCGAUCAUCACUACCCCAUAUUUAGCACAGAGAUCAUCAUUUGCUUUGCCAACCGCUGAAGCUAUUAAAAAAGUUGUCGCACAAACACAUGCGGCAGAUAGAAUAAGAAAGGCAGUGGAAGAUGCAGCUGCCACCAGGAUUCAAGCUGUCUUUCGUUCUUAUCUGGCCAGGAAAGCUUUGUGUGCGUUGAGGGGAUUAGUCAAGUUACAAGCAUUAGUAAGGGGUCGCCAGGAGGCAGUUGAUGUUAAUCUUCAUGAAAUCCGAGGAGUUUCGAAGAACAGAAGUGGCUACAUGAAUCAUUCAUUAAUAGACAGAGUAGAGAGAGAGAUUCCCAGAUUCUACUCUGGGGAACUAAAAAUCUCUAGGCAAGAACAUCAAUACAAGGAGUUUUCCUUCACAGCACAAAACAGUCCCACAACUGGUUCGCCCCCUUCCAAAACAACCUGGGGAAGAGCUUCCUUCACUUACGGACGGCCAGACUAUGUCGACACUCUUUCUAAUCAAUUUUCAUCCCUACCAAGCUACAUGGCCGACACAGAAUCUUCCAAGGCUAAAGUCAGGUCACAAAGCGAACCGAAGCAGAGACCUAAAGAAAGCACCAGAGCUAAAAACAAGCAAACUACUUGGAUGGAUGGACUGAAUGGCCUCCAAGAUGCUCAGCCACAAUGCUCAUCUUCACACUCAAAACGCAUGGUUCAUGAAAACCAAGAUCCAUGGUUUAUAAAACUCUAUAGACCAACAAGGUCAAAGGACAGUUAUUAUGAUGCCAACAUCACAACUAGCACUCAAGAGUCCAACUACAGCAAAGUUCUUGUCACAUAUGAGCCCCAUCUGAAUAUCUACUAA